UGGUGCAGGGGAAGGUCCUCAGCAUUGCCGUCCUUUCGACAGAGAGUGGGGAUGAGACUGGACAGGAGGGAAGAAUAAGGGGAAAGCACAGCAAGAGGGAAGGAGAAACAGCUCGUCACAGUGUGGGGACCGAAAGGGCACAACCAACCACCUCGUCCGUAUCAUUCGGGGGCAAUUCCCGCCUCCACCUCGCUAUCUUGCACACUUUGAUCCCCCCACCCCCAUUUGAAGCUCACUUUCUCACGCUCUGUGUUGCCCCGUUAUUCUGAGCAGAUCCUGCCUCACCUUUUAAUCUCCCUUUUUGCGUGUUAGAAAUUCAGGACUGGGAAGAUCUAGCCGAGUCAUCACAUUUGGCUCUGGAACAGCAGCCCUCUGGAGUGGCCCAGGACCAGCCUCCAGCCCCACCGCAGCAGUUCGUCACGUGACAGCCACCCCAGGAGCGCAGUUUGAUGGACCAAACACAGAGUAUCCCGGAUCAACCUUCUUCUGUACCUCCUUCCCAACCCAAGAGGAUAAGGACAUCAAUGAUAGCUUUCUUUUCCAAGGUCUCUUGGAAGCUGAAGUUCCAGAAGCAGGAUUCUUCAAAGAAUGUGUUUUUCAUCUUGGCGGAAAGAGCUCGGGACCCUAGUGCUAAAAAGCGCCACCUAGCAAUGAGAGGCCUGGGCACCAUGGCUUGUGAAGCCCCUGACCAGGUGAGAAAGUACAAGAAAAUUAUGCUAGACCUGCUGGUGCAUGGAUUGUAUGACCCUGUGAGUUCUGAAGUCAUCCACGAGAGUAUGAAGACGCUGACCAUCAUCCUGGGCAAGAUUCAGGGGAAAGGAUUGGGCUCCUUCUUCGUAGACAUCACCCUUCAGAUCAGGACUUUAUUGGAUGAUGAGAAUGACAGCAUGAGGUACUUGGCCUUUGUCUUGCUCGGGCAACUGGCUGCCUUUGCUGGGUGGAAAUGGAAGAAGUUUUUCGCCCGUCAGGUUAAGCAGACACGAGAUUCCCUCCUGACCCAUUUACAGGACAGAAACCCACAGGUUGCCACGGCUUGCAAAACGACUUUUCGAGCCUGUUCUCCGUAUCUGAAACUGAGAAACGAAUACGGCUUCCGGAGCGAAGAAGAUCAAAGGAACCCCAAACUCUGCAGGCAGCUGGUGAGCGAGCCAGGGCAGGAGAGAAUUCUCCUCAGUCCCUGCCCUCCCAGUGCUUAAGACAAAGGUGGCCAAGCACAGGAGGGAGUUAUCCACCCAUAAAACGACUCAGACCAAUUAUUCGAUUGUGAUUGACCCAUGAUGCAAUAUAAGUGGUGAACACCUGGGAGUUAUGCACAGUGUCACGGGCAGUUCCCGUUCAGGUCAUUAGCUAAGUACAGGCGGUGCCGCCUGCUCUCCUACUGCUUAGCCCAGUGCACCCACAGCUGUCCACUAGUUAUAUCUAGGAGGUUUGCUGAGUCCCUCCCUCACAUGUACCUUUGCUAAUUUCUUUCAGAGUCACUAUCAUCCAGAGCUCCUGCAGUUCUUCUACGCAAAUAAAAUUCUGUAAGCGGGAGAGGCAGGAGAAUGGUCCCACACGAGUGUCCUGCGGGGGACCUUGUGUUCCCUCUGUUUUGUCUCAUUGGAUGCCUCUUCUGCUAGAAAAGAGGAUGUCAGGAGAGCAGAUGGGGGCAAAAAUAAUAUCGUGGAAUUGCAUAAUUAUACCCAAAGUAAAAUUCUAAAUUGCUUUCACAUAUCUCAUUUUCUCCCCACACAAGUUUAAUGAGAAAGCAUUUUCCUAAAAACACACAAAGUAUAUGCAGGUUCAGUGCUUAUUUCUCAGCUAUUUCCUUCUAAAGUUUAUUGCUGUUAACUAUCUUGUAUUUCUAAUAUUAAACUUCUGAGGCUUAGCAGAAAAAUUACCUUAAGUUUUUUUAAAAAAUGUAUUUGCUAUUGAUAUUUUGCUAUUUGCUAUUGAUGCCUUUUCUUGCCAAGACUUAUUUAAAGUUGGCCAAGAUACCAAAAAAAAAAAAAAAAAUAGCUUGCAGGGGCGUCUUUAGUUUUUCAUGG